AUGAAGAAUUUGGAUCGUCUUUACUAUACUUUUGAGCAACAUUUUGCUUUAUCAAUUAAUCCUGAAAAUCUGCCAUCUUUUUGGAUCCCAUAUGAUACAGAUACAGAUCUUUUAGUAUAUGGACGUUGCCAGUAUUUGCUAUAUCAUCAUUAUCUAUAUAACAUAAAUGUGACAUGCAAAAUAUUUGGUACAUCGACCGUAGAAACUGAUAAAAACAAGUUUCAAGUAACUUUAGAUGUUUUACAAUUUGUACCAGAUAAGGUGACUGUAAAGGUGAUAGGAAAGAACGUUAUGAUUAAAGGCAAGCACAAGGAGAAGCAGGAAAUGUCGUUGAGUCAGGAUAAUUUCUUAGGAAGUAUAUGA